AUCAAAGCAUAGGUGGUGGUACACUUAGUCGAUGUUUAUAGACUUUGACAAACAGUAUUUUUUGUUUUACAACGUCCAAUUAAUCCCUGUUGUAAGUGUGAAUUUCUUAGCCGCCCCUCCCCCUGUUCAGUCUCCGUCUUUGGGUCUCGAUAGCCAUUGGUGACUUAGAAAUUCUGGCUGCUCGUGGCAUUUGCUCACUAGCACAGCAGGGACUUCCUUUGGGCAUCUGAGACCUGCCUACCCUCCCUCAACCUGUGCUGAUAACCUGCUGUUUGUCUUUCAGCAAAGCUGAGAACAAGCAGCUCUGGCGACCUCGCAGUAUGUCUGUCAAGGAUAGACAAAACUCCAAGAGCCACAGUGACCGAACCGGUAGCCUGGACAGUGAGGGCUCCCCAGACUCCCGGCAGAACAGCCAGGUGCCUCGGAAAUCUGUGUAUGAUCAGCUCAACCAGAUCCUGGUCUCAGACGAGCAGCUGCCUGAGAGCAUCAUCCUGGUGAACAUCACAGAGUGGCAAGGCCAGUACUUAUGUGAUCAGCUCCAAGAACACAAGCAACCCAUGGUCUCCACCUGCUCCAUGGCAGAUGUCCAGGCUGCCUUCAACACAAUUGUUUCUCGCAUUCAGAGAUACUGUAACUGUAACUCCCACAUGCCUCCCCCAGUGAAAGUGGCUGUGGCAGGGGACCAGAGCUACCUGAGCAUCGUCCUGCGCUUCUUUGUGGAGCAGCUAGCCAGCAAGACCCCUGAUUGGCUGAACUACCUCCGUUUUCUCGUGGUGCCCUUGGGCUCUCACCCCCUGGCCAAGUACCUUGGGUCAGUUGAUAAUAGAUACAGCACUCUGUUUCUGGAUGCAGCCUGGAGGGAGCUUUUUAGCAGAGUUGAAGCCCCUAGUUCAGAUACUGUGGACAUCCCUGGCCGGGUUGCUCAGUUCAUUACAGGUGCCAAUGUAUCUCACCAGCUACCCAUUUCAGAGGCCAUGUUGACCUACAAACAGAAGAGGUAGGUCAGCUUGCAGCCUCCCUUCCUUUCAUCUCUCCUUCCUUUCACUCUCUUACAGGCCUUGUUCAGUAACAGGAUUAUUUAUUUGAACCCACAUACAGUAAUGUGGAGCCCAUCUCUUGUGGUGCAUGGCUGCAUCCCCAUAUUUCUUGGUGUGUGGGAGGGUGGUAUGCUGGGCUGGGCAUUGAGGCCUGAUAAGAGGAGGAAGACUGUGGUUUGUUUUCUGCCAUGUUGAGAUAGGACACACACAAAGCAUACUGUAGUGAAUGCUCAAAAAUAGGCCUUAUAUGUUUACAACCAGAAUCAUCUCUGUGAUGCUGCCAAACCAGGAAAAAACUGUAGGUGCCUAUAUGUUUAACACAGCUCUUAUCUACUUGAUGCCGUUGGUCUACCCAUUAUGACCUGAUAUCUCUCUGCCUCCCCUGGAAACAACCCCCCCCCCCCAAAUCAUCCUUCUGGGAGCACCAGGUGGUUGUUGCUUCUACUUUACAUGAUCUCUUUUCUGUGUGUUUCCAGGGAACAUGUCCAGGUUUUGCUGUGUGAUCCUCAUACAGCUCUUAAAGGACAGGGCAACCAGGAGGAAGCAGAAUAGAUGGGCAUUUUUUUUUUCUGC